AUGGUGAAGCUCAAUGGCACCCCCAGCGAGAAGGGCCUGAAGCCGCCCUCGGUGGAGGAUGGCUUCCAGACCGUGCCCCUCAUCACCCCGCUGGAGGUGGACCACCUGCAGCUGCCCGCGCCUGAGAAGGUGAUCGUGAAGACGAGAACAGAGUAUCAGCCCGAGCAGAAGAACAAAGGGAAGUUCCGGGUGCCGAAGAUCGCGGAGUUCACGGUCACCAUCCUGGUCAGCCUGGCCCUCGCUUUUCUCGCCUGCAUCGUGUUCCUGGUGGUGUACAAGGCCUUCACCUACGACCACAGCUGCCCGGAGGGAUUCGUGUACAAGCACAAGCGCUGCAUCCCGGCCUCCCUGGACGCCUACUACUCCUCGCAGGACCCCAGCUCCAGAAGCCGCUUCUACACCGUCAUCAGCCACUACAGCGCGGCGCGGCAGAGCACGGCGCGCGCCAUCGGGCCCUGGCUCUCGGCCGCCGCCGUCAUCCACGAGCCCAAGCCGCCCAAGACCCAGGGCCACUAG